GCGGCUGCGGGAACUUUCCCGGCGGGGCUAAUGGCUGCGCGCGGGUCGCUGUGAGGCGCGGCGGAGGCGAGCGAUCGGGCGCGGGGCCGCGGAACCGCGGAGCAGCGAGCGAGCGAGCGCGAGGCCGGAGCCCCGGCCAGGCCUGGCCCGACCUGCCGGCCCGCGAUGCGCCCCGGGGCCGCCCCCCGGCGCAGCUGACGCCGCGGCCCCGCGAGACCCCGUCGGCCCCGGAGGAAGCGCCGCGACGCCCAGCCCAGCGCCCGCGCCGCCCGGCCCGAUGGCAGGGAAGGCGGCCGCCCCGGGCACGGCGGUCCUGCUGGUCACGGCCAACGUGGGCUCACUGUUUGACGACCCAGAAAACCUACAAAAGAACUGGCUCCGGGAAUUCUACCAGGUGGUGCACACACACAAGCCGCACUUCGUGGCCUUGCACUGCCAGGAGUUUGGCGGGAAGAACUACGAGGCCUCCAUGUCCCAUGUGGACAAGUUUGUCAAAGAACUCCUGUCCAGUGAUGCAAUGAAAGAGUACAACAGGGCUCGUGUGUACCUGGACGAGAACUACAGGUCCCAGGAGCACUUCACGGCACUAGGAAGCUUUUAUUUUCUUCACGAAUCCUUAAAAAACAUCUACCAAUUUGACUUUAAAGCCAAGAAGUACAAGAAAGUAACCGGCAAAGAGAUCUACUCAGACACCCUGGAGAGCACGCCCAUGCUGGAGAAGGAGAAGUUCCCACAGGACUACUUCCCCGAGUGCAAAUGGUCAAGAAAAGGCUUCAUCCGGACAAGAUGGUGCAUUGCUGACUGUGCCUUCGACUUGGUGAACAUCCAUCUCUUCCAUGAUGCUUCCAACUUGGUGGCCUGGGAAACCAGCCCUUCGGUGUACUCGGGCAUCCGGCACAAGGCGCUGGGCUACGUACUGGACAGAAUCAUCGAUCAGAGGUUCGAGAAAGUGUCCUACUUCGUCUUUGGUGAUUUCAACUUCAGGCUGGAUGCCAAGUCUGUUGUGGAGACGCUCUGCACAAAGGCCACGAUGCAAACAGUCCGGGCUGCCGACACCAACGAAGUUGUGAAGCUGAUAUUCCGAGAGUCAGACAACGACCGGAAGGUUAUGCUCCAGUUAGAAAAGAAACUCUUCGACUACUUCAACCAAGAGGUUUUCCGAGACAACAAUGGCACUGCGCUCUUGGAAUUUGACAAAGAGUUGUCUGUCUUUAAGGACAGGCUGUAUGAACUGGACAUCUCAUUCCCACCCAGCUACCCGUACAGCGAGGACUCCCGCCGGGGUGAGCAGUACAUGAACACCCGCUGUCCGGCCUGGUGUGACCGCAUCCUCAUGUCCCCGUCCGCCAAGGAGCUGGUGCUGCGGUCGGAGAGCGAGGAGAAGGUUGUCACCUACGACCAUAUUGGGCCCAAUGUCUGCAUGGGAGACCACAAGCCCGUGUUCCUGGCCUUCCGCAUCGCGCCCGGGGCAGGUAAACCUCAUGCACAUGUGCACAAGUGCUGUGUUGUGCAGUGACGUGGUGGGAAGAGAUGCCAGCGCCAUGAGAGGGUCCUCGGCGAGACCUCCCUGUAGCAGUAAACUGAACCGUGUACUCUUAUCAGCUGCAUCGAAACCCGCCCGAGCACCACCUGCUAGACGGCCGGCCCCACACUUCGCUUCAGCCUCCGGACCAUUCCGGAAAAGCCUCACAUACCUCACUGUCUUGUCUGUUCAUGUGACAUAAGUAGAAAUAUUGGGUUUUUUAAAUAAGUCACAGUCCUGUUGCCAAAACUCUAACAGACAGCAAAGAAAUCUGUACCUUAGACUUCCCAGUUUCGGUCUGUGGUCGUCCGCAGAGGGCUUCUCCAGCACAGGGACCCCCAGAGGCCAGCGGCCCUGCCAGGCGCAGGCGUGUCCGGGGCUGGGGAGGUGGGGGCGGUGCUCCUGCUGUCCCUCCGAUGCCCUCCCUCGUGGUAUUUCCUCUGUGCUGUGUCACUUGGUUUUUGAAUCACACUGCAGCUGCUUUCCAUUUUUAUAUAUAUAAAUAUAUAUAAAUAUAUACUUUUUAAAAAUAAUUUAUAAGUCUUACCAAAACUUAUGCUAAAUAUACUUUCCAGAAUGAAUGCACAAGAGUGUCAUAUCAGCAGGUAGAAGUGGCAUCUAGGAGUUCAGCUUCCCGUCUGUCCACACACGAGGUCAGAGGGCGAGUGUGAGCUGCAGGCCCACCUGGGCAGAAGCCUCCGCAGCACUUGCUGGCGCCUGUGACCCCUCUGCCUUUCUCUGUGUAAUAGCAAGAGCUGAAUGUAAAGUUUAGAACUAGCCUGGGUGUACCUUUUAAGAAUUUUGUAAACUGUUUGUCUUUUGUUACUGUUUUAUGGUGCCAAGUAUUCUACAGUUAAACAAUAAUAUCAUGGGAGAAAUAGAAAUAGCCUAGUCUGCUUCCAGUGCGAACUGCUCUUAACAUGGGCUGUAUAUAAGAAUAUUAAAGAGAAACAAAACUGUACAUUUCCUCGGUUGCUCUGCUAUAUACAACCUAAGUAAUAACCUUGUUGCAAAUAUUUUUCUCCUAGCACUAAGUAUAGCAUUAAAAGGCGAUUAGAGAGUCUGUUGACGAAACACAAAUGUAUGUUUUAUUGAUUUUACUUUAGAACACUACAGAGUUCCUGGACUGGGUGAAGGCGUUAGAUCGAUGUUUGUUUUUUAUAUAAAUCACUACCAUUGCCAGUGGUUUGGUGUCUGCUUGCCGAUUCUGUGUUCCUGAUGAUACGGUCAGCCUGUGUAGUGCCACGGCCACUGUCGGAGCGGCCGCAGUCCGGGCACAGGGCGAGUCUGUCCAGCGGUUUCAGCUGUUGAGCUGUGGUCGCUGAGGGCCUCAAGAAGUGACUGCUCUGGUUCCUAAGCAAUAAAAUUGAUCCUGGUGACAAAA